CAAAACUUUACAGUCGUUAAAACCGAUACACUUUUUAAAGUUAUUAUAUCCGUUACAAAUGGCGUAAUAACAACUGAUACAUUAUGGAGGGAGUAUUUUCUUGCGCGUCGGGGAAGUGGUUUUUGCUUGAGCUCAAACUCAGUGGCUAAUUUAGCCACUUGGAGCGGCUAAGUUAGCUACCUUUUGUCAGCUGACUACAGCGAAUUCAUUUUGACAACCUCAGUAAGCAAACCGCAGUCUAAUAUGCCCAGUUAUUGCUUUGUGCUUUGUAUUAACAGGGUUGCGGGUGUAGCUGGAUUGUCUGCUAGCUGUCGUUGACACGUCCUGGCAGUUUUAUUUAUGUGGCGCUGAUAGAGCCCGAUUCGCAGUGCUCCUGCAGCUGCUCCCACCUGUCAACUAGCUGGCUCCUCUCCUCCUGUCUCCAGUCAGCCUUUGCCCAAUGGCUCACUGCGGCUCCUCCGAGCCCAGCGCAAAGGUCCAGGCACCACGUCCGGACGCCAUCAUCCCGCCACAGGGUAGCGUAGACCAGAGCAUGAAGCCCGUACUGUUCGAGAUCUUCGGCGAGAUUUGGACCGUACAGUCGCGGCUCGGCCAGGGAGUCUCGGCCUCGGUGUACCGGGUCAGCUCGGGCAGAGCCACCACAGCCGCUGUCAAGGAGUUUCAGGCUGACACUCAGGGAGGAGAUUACGGGUUUCACAAGGAGAGAUCGGUGUUGGAAGAUAUCCAGGGACAUAAAAACAUCGUGACACUGUACGGGGUGUUCACCAACCACAGCUGUAUGGGUGUUGCCACUCGCUGUCUUCUGCUGGAGCUGUUGGAUGUCAGUGUCUCUGAGCUGUUGGUGAGAGGCAGCAGUGGUACCCAGGGUGGCAGACCCCAGCAGGGCCACUCCAUGUGGCUCGUCCAGCACUGUGCCAGAGACAUCCUGGAGGCUCUCGCCUUCCUCCACAGGGAAGGCUACGUCCACGCUGACCUCAAGCCACGCAACAUUCUCUGGAGCGCCGAUGACGAAUGCUUCAAGCUCAUCGACUUCGGCCUCAGCUUCAAAGAGGGAAACCAGGAUGUCAAGUACAUCCAGACAGACGGGUAUCGUGCUCCAGAGGCUGAGAUUCAGAACAGCCUCGCUCAGGCCGGGGUGGAGGUGGAGGGGGACUCGGGCUGCACGUCCGCUGUGGACCUGUGGAGCCUGGGCAUCAUCCUGUUGGAGAUGUUCUCAGGAAUCAAACUCAAAGACACCAUCCGGUCACAGGAGUGGAAGGACAACAGUGCUGCAAUUGUUGACCAUUUUUUUGCCAGCAACAGUCUUUUGUGUCCUGCCAUUCCUGUCUAUCACCUCAGAGACCUUAUCAAAAGCAUGCUUCUCAACAACCCAAAGCAAAGAUGCACAGCUGAAACUGCCCUGCUGAGCCCAUUCUUCAGUAUUCCCUUUGCUCCUCACAUUGAGGACCUGGUUCUGCUGCCCUCUCCCGUUCUGCGUCUGCUCAACCUGAUUGAUGACAGCCAUCUGCACAAUGACGAAGAGUAUGAAGACAUCCUGGAGGACAUGAAAGAGGAGUGCCAGAAGUACGGCUCAGUGGUUUCGCUGCUCAUCCCCAAGGAGAACCCAGGGAAAGGACAGGUGUUUGUAGAGUAUGCCAACUCCAGUGACUCCAAAGAGGCUCAGAGGCUGCUGACGGGCCGCACCUUCGAUGGGAAGUUUGUUGUCGCCACCUUCUACCCGCUCAGCGCCUAUAAAAGAGGUUACUUGUACCAGACUGUGCAGUGAAGUCCUAAAGCUCAAUUUACACCUCUGCACGGUUUGCAUGAAAAAAAAAACACAACUGCAUGGGGCACCACAGUGGAGAAGUCUCCCUGUAAGAACAACUACAGCCAACACAGCCAUGAGUGGUUACCCUGCAGGUUGAGUUCAAAUGAUUCAGUUAUUAAUGAGUGUAGUUAAAAGUGCUGCAUGCUGUCCAUGUGAGUGUAAAUUGAACUUGGCCGUGAGGGGCGUACAGUAACACUUCAUGUCUGCUGCCUCCAGUCUGUGCACUGCUUUUAUCAGUGCACAUUCAUGUAGUGCUUCAAGGCGACCUCCAUCCGUCUCAUGUAAUGACUCUGGACUAAAGGUCCGUGGUCUGGGUACAGCAGUUCCUGUUUUAGCUUCCAUUUCACUGCCAUUCAUUGAUAGAAAUGACCACACAAAGAACGUGUAAUUAGGACAAGAAUAAUCUCUGAUGAGGGUUGCUCGAGCAAAAGCCUUCAUCAAAUGAUAGUGUGAAGUUUGAGAAUCUGUGCUCUUCGAUACUAAAUAGUUCUACUGAUCUAACUGGUUGCAUCUCUCUUGAUAGCUUCUCAGUGAAAUACUUAAUACUCAUGAGUUGAGUCAGAGAUGUGAUUAGAAACAUGUAGCAGGAAGACACUGAUCCCCCAGUAGUGCUGAAUGGGAGGUCUAUGCUUAGACUUAAAAUCCUAAUGACAAAAUCCCUCUGUGGUGAUAUUAGUGUCCCAUUCUGUUGUUAAACUAGUAAUAAUAAUUGUAUUAUUCUUGCCUAUUUAUAUUUGUCAUGUUGAACAUUUAAUGAGGGGAAACGGUAUGGUACAGUAUGGUACAGAAUGGUUUGGAGUGACUCCUCUACCAACUGGUAGUUUACUCUCUCUCUCUCUCUCUCUCUCUCUCUCUCUCUCUCUCUCUCUCUCUCUCUCUCUCUCUCUCUCUCUCUCUCUCUCUCUCUCUCUCUCUCUCCCUCCCUCUGCCAUUAUCUGAGCAAGCCAAGGGCUCCUAGUGCCCUGUAGCCUUAUGCUUCACAGUUUUUUAUUUACAAAAGUCUACAUAUUGAGAGAAUAAUUUAUCAUCAGUUGACUGCGCUCCUGUUUAUGAGGACGUACAGUGAGCUUUGUGUUUUGUCUGCAGCAUCUUAAAAGGCACGUGUAUAAGUAAAUAUUUUUGAGUACAUUCUGAAAAUGACUGGCUUGCCAAGUUAGAGCAACUGUCACAUGAAUGAAAUCAGUAUUAUCCAAAACCUUUUUCCAGUAGAAAAAUGAGUCAGUGAACAAAAACAGCAGGUCGGUGGGAGUAAAUGUCUUCUAACCAACUAAAGCCAAGUGCGCUGUCAUUUGACAUUGUUGUCAUCAUGUAAUAUGAAUUAGAUUCUAGAGCCAAAAUGUCUAGCAGCGUACACUUAAGUGUGCAGUGUGCAGCAGCUACCGUGCAAACUAGACUGAUAAAGUGUGACGUUAUACAAUCUUCCGAUGCUUCAGUGCUGAUGCUUUCAAUUAGUUAGUGCACGAGCCAGUGGAUUGAUGUGUAGACUUCAAGCCCAACAUCAGCAAGGCGGCUGACACAGAAUUAUUCCACACUUCCGUCAGUUUCAAGAAAUGCUGCUAGUUACAUGGCAAUGCAUUGAGUUUUAUGUAUCAUUAUGUGACAGCAAUGGCAUAAAAUGUGCAGUCUUGAAACUAGAAUUUCUUGAUCCAACAAAACAGUCGUUUUUUAUGUAAGAAGCAUAGUAAUGUUGGAUAGCAGCGACAGAGCCUCAGACGCUUGGUAUCUUUGCAGUGGAACGUACGUUAUGUUGUAGAACCAGAUAUUCUUUUUUUUUUAUUUUUUUAUUUUUUUACAGUGGAUCUGUAGUACCCAACGAGCCCACCCUGUCACACUGAAUUUUCUACGCAAGUGCCCUAUGACAUUGAAGCUAGCUAACUAACCAAACUGCUGCUAUAACAGCUGGUUGUGCUGCACCGGCAAGCAUCCAUUCCUUAUGUAGCCCACGCCUUUGCAGAUGCCUUAGAGAAUAAUUCCCCUCCGGCAGAUGUAGUCCCACCCAGUAACAGAACCAGAUCGUUAGAGACAACAGAAAUGGAGCAGCGAUCUGUUUCAGUUUCUUCAAGUUGCUUGUUGCUCAUUUUUCACUUAUUCUUGUUAGCGAGAUUGUGUAACAGUGGCCACUGCAGCCACAAGUGAAAAUUAUGGUAUUAUGGUAAUGUUGGUAUUAACUACAUUAAAUGCUAAACUGAUUGUAUUAGCUAAAUGCUAAACUGUUAAAUAUAGAAAAUGCUAAACAAUACAAGCUGAACUAGCUUAAACAACUGUUUAGCAUUAAGCUACAGUAAUUGUAACAGGCACACAAGAGGAGAAGAGCAAACGGACUCAGUAAUGUGCGUUAUAGAGCGAUUUCUACUUUCACUUUGCUAGUAUUAGCUAACAUUAGCCAGCAUAAGAUACUGGACAUACAUGACCAAGUUAGGAUGUAGCAGCAAACCCCCCCCGUGUACGGUCUUGAGCAUAGGUGAAUUUUAUUGCUUAUGGAUUCACUUUUGUAAUUGUAAGAGGAAGAAUGAGUUAUUUCUUCUCUAAAAGCCCGUAGUCUUGCUUUAAAAGCAGUUUUGUGUGUGUUACAGCCCAAAUAUGAAGCCCUGCUCCAUCUAAAUGGGUAAUGUGAUUUAAACGUGAGAGAAAUUAGAAAAUAAGAAAAUGUUUGAAGUUUAUGGACAUAUCAAUCAUAUCAAUGUUUCUCUGUCUGAGGCCUAUUUUUAUUAGAUAAUGUCUUGCCUCCUCCUCUGAAAUCAUGUCCAACAAACAAUAUAAAACCUGGAGCUAGAGGAGAAGUUGCACUUUUGUCUUAUCUGAAGAACUACAAAAAAACAUAUUUUUCUACAACUUUAUUUGUGUGUGCCUGAAAUGUGGAUGACCGAGUUUUCACUUGAGAGCAUCGCAGGCCUAAAAACCUCGAUUUUAAACUUUAACGGGACUCCAACCACUGGACUAUACAGCACUUCUGAAUUGGCAGUCUGUGGUACGUAAGCUGGUGGUCAGCCCUGACAGUAACUUGUAAUCAGUGAUCCCCAAAUACCCGAUAAAAAGCUAAAGAACAUUUCUUCCACUAUUUCCAUGGUCUCUCAAGGACAUGGUGCAGAAAAUUCAUCUUUGAUGAUGUUACGAUAUUAUUUUAAAGCAUUUGAAGUUUGAUUCAUCUUUGAUUUUCCUUGAUAUAUUUAGACCAUCUUCUGAAUAUUGGUCACUAGGUCACCGCGCAGACUCACCACAGGUUUACUGUACCAAAUCAAAUAACAAGUGUUGGCCUUAUAUUGUGUGGCUUACAAAGCGCUUUACGCAGAGUUUGGACACUGUGAAGAGAGCCCCUGUGUUUGUAUUUUAUGAUGCAUGACAAAUGAGUGUGUAAGUGUAAGUUGUGCUCUUGACAUUAUAGUGAGAUAUUGUGCCUGUGUAGACUUGGAGGCUCUGUGUUAGUGAUCGUGUGUAUCAUCGUAUGCAACAAAGGUCUCCUUCGAGACGGAACCAGGGACUUUGCAGUUUUACGUGUCUUAACCAUGUGGUCACCAGGGCGCCCCCUCGUUGCUCAUGUUGGGUUCACUUUUAAGUGAGAUAUCCUCAUCUUCAUAUAAGUUGCUAACUGAUAAUUUCUGCAACCCCCCAUUCCAAAGAAGUUGAGACACUGUGUAAAACAUACAGAAUGCAAUUUGCUAAUCCUUUUUGACACAUACUCAACUGAAAACAGCACAAAGACAACAUAUUUAAUGUUUCACCUCAUCAGCUUC